AUGGGAUCAACGUUUCAGUUAUACUCAUUAUUGAACAACUCUGUACAUGCGUAUAUCGUGUAUAUGCAUAUCGACACCAGGACGGCACUCAAGGAACAUGCUUUUAAUACUAUCCGUUCAGUAGCAGUUAUUCCCACUGCAAAUGCAGUCAGUGAACCUGACUAUUCGGAAUAUCCUAUCCCAUAUGACGGGUAUGGAAAGUAUUGCCAUCCACUUGAUUUUGAUGGAAUAAUGCUGGUCAAACUACUUGCAAAAAAUACACAUAAACUAGAAAAAGUAACAAAAUAUAUCAACAAGAAAGAGUCUAACAUUGCAUGUCAAGAAACAUUGGUGGGUGAGCUCAAGGAAAGACUGGACUCUGUAAUGGAUGAUGGUAAUGGGUCAGGAAUCGCCGAGCUUGAAUCCGAGUUUAUUAAACAGAAUGGCAUUCUUGAACAACUCAAAGAACAGUUGGAGCGACUUUUUGAAAGACAUUCGAAUAGGUACAAAAAAGAUGUUGGAUUACGAUCGGCACUUGCAGAGUACUUUGCAGAGCAUGGUAUGUCUGGAGAAAUGACUACUGAUGAUGAGCCAAACCUAUAUUCAUAUCCCGGAUUCAAGAAAUGUUUUGAUUAUUUCUACAAUCGCUCAUGA